GACAGACCAAUUUUUUUUCGAUGAAUCAAUGCUGCUUCAAGCUGAAGAAUAUGAUGCUGGAAAUGCUGAGUCUAGUGAUGACACAUCUAUCCCAUCUAUAAGUGUGGAUGCCACACAUUUGUUUACAACUGAUCAGAUAUUUGAUACACGGGAUGACCUUCUCGAAUGGGCUCGGAAGGUUGGGAAGGACAAUGGAUAUGUGGUGGUGAUCGCAAGGUCCGAUAAUGCAAGGGUAAGUGGAAGUAUAAAAGUUAUUUUGCGGUGCGCAAAGCAUGGUAAGUACGUGCCCUACAAGGACCCGGCUACGUUCAAGUACAAGACCACCAGAUCACAAAAGUGUGAUUGUCCUUUUGAACUAAAAGGACGACCUACAGAGAGUGAUAGAAGUUGGUGGCUGAAAGUGAUGUGCGGAAAGCACAACCAUGAACCGGCUAGAUCACUAGUUGGUCACUCCUACGUUGGUCGACUAACGAAGGAAGAGAAGGGGCAAAUGGGAACUAUGCAUAAGGCUUGGGUUGCACCGAGACACAUGCUACUGGUUUUGAAGGAACAAAAUCCAGAUAACUUGACUACAAUCACUCAAGUAUACACUCAAUGCAAAUCAAUCAGGAAAGCCGCACAGGGGCCAUUGACAGAAAUGCAACUUUUGAUGAAGAAGUUGGGAGAAGCCAACUAUGUUCACUUUGAAAGACAAGAAGACGAUUCGAGUGUCAUUAUAGAUGUUUCCUGGGCUCAUCCUGAUGUUGUCAAGCUCUUCAACACAUUCCCUCAUGUGGUCAUAAUGGAUUGCACGUACAAGACAAACAAAUACUAGAUCCCCUUGCUUGAAAUGGUUGGUCUCACUUCUACUGGUAAGACUUUCUCCAUAGCAUUUUGCUACAUGACUCACGAGCGCACACAGGACUAUGUUUGGGCCUUGGACUGCAUGAAGUCUUUGCUUGCCGACCAUGUCAGAUUACCUGGAGUUAUUGUCACUGACAAAGAAUUGACUUUACUGAGUGCUAUUAAGCAAACUUUUCCCACUUCUUGCAAUUUAUUAUGUCUGUUUCACAUAAAUAAAAAUGUUGAGGCAAAGUGCAAAUUGUGGGUUGCCACAGACGGUGUUAAAGAUACAGUCAUGGAAAUGUGGACAUAUGUGGUCAAUGCGAAAACAGAGAAACAAUAUGAUGAGGAAUGGGGGAGAAUGUGUGCCAUGUGUAGAAACUUCCCAAAGUUCACAAAGUACAUUUCUUCUACAUGGUUAACACACAAGGAGAAGUUUGUGAAGGCAUGGACGAACAAUGUGAUGCAUUUCAGCGGAUAGGUUGACCACUGUAAGGCACACCGAAAUUUUAGCAUCUUUUCAACGCAGCAUCAACAAUGUAGAGCACCGUUUCAAGUCCAAAAUGUAUACGAAUGUAAGGGGAUUCGUGGCUCAAAAUGCCCUUCAGCUGAUGCACGAUGAAAGAAACAGAGUUUGGGGUCAUGAUGAGGUAUGUGGUUGCUUGCUGAAAAAAACUCAUGGACUACCUUGCGCUUGUGCACUUCAGAGUUUAUCUUCAAUUCCGUAUGAGGCCGUGGAUCCAUUCUGGAAGAUACUUUCUUGGGAACAGGUGCCUACUGCGGAUAGCCAAACCUCAAACCAUGGAGACAUUCCGUAUGAGAUUGAUGCAUUGGUUGCAUAUUUCAAUGCUAUGGAUGAUGCAGGCCAAAGUAUGCUAAGGAGGAAGGUUAAAGAGUUGUAUUGUCCUCAAAGUAGUUCACUGUGUCCACCUGAAGUGAUGAUAAAAACGAAACAGCCGCCCAAGGCCAAGGGGAGCAAGCCACCUAGAGGUCAACCAAUAGGAUCCUUGAGGCGGGAGCCUUGUUAUUGGGAACAUGUUGAUAAUGUCACAGAAGCGCAUGGUAGCAACGCAACACCUACCACGCUCAACAAAUGUCCUCCACCAACUACACGGUCCAAGACUCCUUCAUCACAAGCUAGUAAGUCAAAGAGCAAGAAGUCUAUGAAGACCCAAACCCAGGAGUCUCCCACCAGCAUCUACAUGGAGUGGUUGCCAUCUUUUUUCCUACAAUAUGUAGAUGAAGUGAUAGAUGUUGAUGGAGAUGGUAAUUGUGGCUAUAGAGCGGUCGCUGCAUUGUUGCGACAUCCGAAAGGGCAGAAUCGUUGGUGUUGGGUUAGGGAAGAGUUGAUUAAAGAACUCGAACUGCAUCAGCGAAAGUAUAACUACAUGUGGGGCAAUGAUACAAUUCAGGCCAUGCACUUUCGUCUCACUCUCCCUCGUGAUCAGAUGGCCACUGAUGACAAAUGGAUGCACUUGCCGGAGAUGGGGUACCUCAUUGCUACAAAGUUUCAAGUGGUUUUUAUCUCCAUUUCGAUGGACUGAAGUUACACUUACCUUCCGCUCAGAGGUGCCCCACCGGAGGUACAACCAAUUAUAGAUGUUGGUCAUGUGCUCAACCACUUUGUACAGCUGAAGUUGGUGCAUGGACAUCCUAUGCCGUAUAUUGCUCCCCAAUGGCAAUACAACGUUGUACAACCCACGUCCGAAUGGAUUAGCCCGUAUGAAGACCGUAUGGCCAAAUUUGCGGUUGAGCACACUGCUUGGAUUGCCGCUAUAGGUGGUCCUCGUGUUCCUAAUGUGGAUAACUACAUAGAUAUCACAUAAGACUUCCACUAGGAUUCACGUUUGUAAAUUUGUGUCUAUGAAUUAGAUUUGUAAUUUUGCCUAUGUUCAAGACUAUGUUUAAGACCUCUAAUAAUUAAUUUAAGCUAUUUUUAUUCAGUAUAAUGUGGUUCAAUUUGUAAGAUCAAGUUUUGAUCUAGUUGUACAACUCUAUGUUUUGACGAUUACAUGUUAACCUUUUUGAUAUGAACAAUUGUGGUACUCUAACGUGUUUCUCUGAGUGUGCUAUUUGCAGGCUCUGACCUCAACUCAAUCUCACACAAAUCAGAAGCACUGUGUAUAAAGAGCGACCCAAGCAACGCUUUCGCAUUCACCAUGUUCAGUAUGAACAGUGGAAAAGCUUCAGAAGUUCUGAAGUUAUACAAACUCUGAUGUGGACUCAGUCACUAGAAGUUCUGAAGAUCCAGAAAGUCUGAUAACCAAGAAACACUGAAGGCUCAGAUAUUCUGAUGGUGUAGAAGACUCUGAAGAUCCAGAAUCUGAUUAGUGAAAUUCUGUUGUCCAGAAGCUAGAUACUCUGAAGGUCAUGUUCUUCCCUCUGAGUUCAGAAUCAGAAGAAACAUUGAUCAGAGGAUCUGGGCUUUCCCUCUGACUCUGAUCAACCGGCUUCACAAGUUCCAAUAUGAAGCAUUCCCCUGAUCAGAAGUCUCCUAGGUUUAAAGGUCAAGUCGCUAUCCAAGUACAAAAGCAACUGUACCUUCCUGACGACCUACCUAACAGUCUCAGACAUAGCAGAAGCUGGAUUUUCCAGAACUGCCCUCCAACGGUAGCAUUUUCCAUGCAACGCUCAACCCUAAUCCUUGGAGUAUAUAAAGAGGCUGAAGACUGAAAGAAGUGGCUAGAAGCAUUCACAUACGCGCAAGACAAACUCAAAUUCUUCUAAGCUUUCUUUCAUCUGAAAUUCAUUGAGUUUACUAUUAGCUUUUUAGAAGCAAAUCUCUUGUAAACAAUUCUUUGAUAAACAGUUUGUUUAGUUCCUUUAGGAGAUCAAGGCUGAUCGGA